AUUGGCUUGGCAUGGGUCGUCGCUGGAAUGUAUGGAAUGCUUUUCUGCUGGGUCAAGCCCAUACACGAUGUGUUCGAGAACAGAUUGAUGUCUACGUCCCUUGCCGUUACUGUAGUCAAUUUGGGUGUUGGAGCUGUGAGCAGAAUUCCAGCAGAGAAUAUAUCAGGCUCGGUUGACCGAGACACAGACGCAAAGGCGAUGAAUGUAUUGAUACUUGGAGCAAAUUCUCUGGUGAUUGGCCUACUUGUUGUACAGUACCUGGUUUACUUAUUUCAAUACUUCAAUGAAUGGCGAAAAAAUCCACACUGGUCUUUUUCUUGCUGUUUAGCUUUGCUUCUCCCUCUCAAUGACUUGCAAGGAGAAAUUCGUGGCAUGGUUGGUAAAAAUGUCUUAAAAACCCAGCUACAAACAGGCACGGUGGAUAAGCCUUCCAUUGCCUCUUCCGCGAAAGAUAGCGGGGCCAUGAGUAUCACUCUGAUGCCUGGGGAAGGUAAACACAGGGAUGGGAACACCAUGGAGUUACACACAAGAAACUGGAAAGUAAACAAGAGCGUCAAAGUAAAAAGCAAUCAAGGGACACAGACAGACACAUUUGGGCUUACAGCCGCCCUUUAAUGGUGCGUGACUAAUUUGAAGACACUCAUCUCAGAUAUAUGUCUCAGCAAUCCAAACGUCAGUCGUCAGCAAAUAAAGUUGACAUGGAUAUGAAAUGAUUUUGUUGCUCACUACGUCUUGGUGAUAAAACGCUGACAUAACUUGAGCUUUUUGCCACAUAUUACAACUUUAACUUCACAACUUUUUACAGCUUAAACUUUACAACUUUUUACUAUAUAUUACAACAAUCUACUAGAAGUUUUUCAUUGAAAUCCAUUUUGGGAUAUCUCGGUAACUAAUUUUAAAAAGUUUAACCUUCAUUAUCAGGUGUACAGUUUUGACUGAAUUGUACUUUACUUUUAGAGGGUCACAAGUUUUUCAGUAAUUUAGUUACUGUUGAGUGUUGCCCUCAUAAAAUACAGUCUCUUACUUACUUACUGACUUACUUUGAUAUCGUAAUUUGAUUAAGGUGAUGAGUCAAGUUUCCAUUUUGCUGUUUUUAGUCAGUUGAAAAUUUGUAGUGAAACAAAAUAUUAAUGAGACCCUGCUGCUGUGCAAUUUAGUAUAAAUUAUUAAAGCCACACCCACACAGGGGGAGGGGCAGAUCUAACAGUACCAACAUUGCAACCCCCCUCCCCUGUUGCUGAGUAGAUGCAGGAAACAGAAACAAAACACUGAUUAUGGUAGCAAAACGUGGGUGGCAGGGAAGACAGAGCCUAGAGUAGCGGCGUCUCUAGGGGAACCUAUGUUACUGAGGGGACCAGAAGAGGGGUGCCACUCUGGGAGGACAAUAGGUCAGAUGGUACGAUGGCACCAUCCUGGAGAGAUCCGGAUCUAUUUCCUUGGUAACAUAGGAUGGACCAGAAGAGGGGUGCCCCUCUGGGAGGACAAUAGGUCAGAUGGUACGAUGACACCAUCCUGGAGAGAUCCGGACCUAUUUCCAAGGGUGGCCAUAGCACUUACUGUGGGGCAAAGUGCAGCUUAGGUUGCACUUCCCUGCCACCAAGAAACCUUUAUAGACUAAGCAGCUAUGGUUUCACACAAUAUAACAAAUAGAACGUGGCCGUGAAUAAACCGAGAAGGUUCAGCAGGCGAAAGCCACCUUCUCACGAAAGGUAAUUACAACUACAUGGAGGAAAAAGAUGGGAAAGAACAAAGCUACCAAUACAGGGAGGGAGG